AAGAAGGAAAAGAAACAGAGAGAAGAGGACUGGUGAAAAUCCUCGUGAAGUGCAAAUUUUCACCGCUUUCGCUUUUCCUCUCUUCCUUCUUCCUCCUCUGUUCUCGCUUUAAACUUCUUCUCGUGCCCUAAUCCUGUUCUGUCUCCUCCAACUUUGAAGCUGAAUCCUCAUCAUAAUCACUCAUUCACUCUCUCGUCACCAUCUCUCCUGAAAAUCAGAGAUUCGAGCCCUACUUCUCCGUACCUCUCCAAAAACUUGAGAUUUUUUCGCGUUUUUGUACAUUUUUUCUCCUUACAUUUGCUCAUUAACUUAGCAGAUCAUCGACUCGGAUCCUGUAGCUGGCGGUUCUGAAUUCGUUACAGGACUUGGAUGGUAUAUGCUGAAGUGAGUGAAAGCGGUUGGACAGGGUUUUUGUGUACUGGAUUCAUUAUGAUAGAGAAACCAAAUAUAGUAGUUUUUUAUUUUCUAAUAUCUGUGCUCCUUUAUCUCUGAAGAGUUCAUUAGAAAUGGGCUAAUAUGAACUUGCGAAGCCUUAUUCCACCUUUUGAAUUGUUCCUUUAUUUGAUUGAAUUCAAUGGAGAAUAGGUAUCCCCAGAUGAUAGGUCCGUCUCCUGGUACAUGUGAAAUUGUUGAAUUUAAGGAAGAAUCAGAUUCAGUUCAGUGUUAUCGAGGAGCUAACCCAUCAAGCUCAGGUUUUAAAGCUGAUGGCAUAGAUGGAAAGAAUCUCAUGAUUAAGUCCAGGCGCAAUUAUUUUCUGGAGGAUGAUCUUAAUCGACUUUUUGAGGCAAUUGACCUCAAAGCCUCAACAAGGGGUUUGGGUUUAUCACUCCAGAAAGGUACAGGCCCUUCACAGAGGAAUGCCUUAAAAAAGCCCAUUAGAGUUGGGUUAUCUCAGGCAUCAGGAAUUGGAAUUUCAGAGCCUGUGUCUCUAAAACAAGCAUUAAGGGGUUUAUGCCUUUCCCAGAAAGCGGAAUUAGCUGCUAUGAAGCGGUUAUCAAAACCAGCAUCUGUGGUUUCAGAAGCUGGAACGAUCAAGAGGUUGUACAGAGCAGUUGUGGUUGAGGCAAGUGAAUCUGGUCUUUCCUUAAAUGAAGGCAAGGGGAGUUUGCUAGAAAUCUCCCUUGUGCCAGAGAAAAGCACACCAAAUUCAUCCGAGAAAGUAUCUGAAUCUGAGCAAACACUAGGGACAAAAGCAUCGAACAAAAAUGUUCAUACUUCACCUCAAUUUGCAGUUGCAACCACAGCAGAAGUAACACUGGUACAAACAUCUCAAGAUGAGAUUGUUCCUGAAUCAACAGAGGUCAGGGGUAAAACUUCAAAGGGAGAGCUGGAUCGGAAGGGAAAGUUGAAAUGUGCACCUCCAACAUCUAGCUCUAAUACUGGUAAUAAAAUUUCAGAAAUAGAGGAAAUUGUUCCUGUCUCCAAAGAGGUUGGCAGAAAAAUUUCAAAGCCACAGCUGGGCCAGAAGGACAAGCGGAAAACAGAACCUUCUCCAUCUAGCUCUAGUACUGGCAGUAAAAUAAGCAACUCCACUAGCACCAGUCCAUGCUUAGUCAUCAAGCCAAUCUUAAGAAACAAGAAAUUUGUUAAGAAGAAAGGGGAUCAAGUUACAACUUCUGCCUCUAGUAGUUCUAAUACAUGCAAUGAAGUUGACAGUGAUUUGGGUCCCAGUACAAGUAAAUUGGUUUGCAGGACUCACAACUGUUCCUGGAAUAAUGUAAGCAAAGAAUCUGCUUCUCCAGCAUGCAGCAGUACUGGUCGCAGCACUGAGGUCAAUUCGAGUAAAGUAGAUUUCAGUGCAACUAAACCAGAUUUCAAUUCAAAUACGUGUAACAGAAACAGAACAGUUUGUCCGAAGGGCAAUGAGAGCUCAAGAUCAAAAGGGAAGGGGGAGUUCUCACAAAGCUCAAAAAGUAGCAUUGGUGAGUACAGCAGUAGCACCAGCAUCAGUGAGGAGAGCAAUUUGAGUGCCUCUAGUUCCGGAGGCAACAGGCCUCAUAUGUCAAAGGACCUUAGAUGGGAAGCCAUCCGUCAUGUUCAGAUGCGGUAUGGAGGCUUAGGGUUAAGGCACUUCAAGCUGCACAAAAGGCUUGGUUGUGGGGACAUAGGGACAGUUUAUCUUGCUCAGCUAACUGGUACAAAUUGCCUAUUUGCUUUGAAGGUCAUGGAUAAUGAAUUUCUGGAAAGCAGGAAAAAGAUGCCAAGGGCUCAAACUGAAAGGGAAAUAUUGCAAAUGUUGGACCAUCCUUUUCUCCCUACCUUAUAUUCCCAUUUUACAACAGAUAAACUCUCAUGCUUGGUAAUGGAGUAUUGUCCAGGUGGGGAUCUUCACGUUCUUCGUCAGAGGCAACCAAGCAGGAGUUUCUCUGAAUCAGCAGCCAGGUUCUAUGUUGCAGAAGUCCUCCUUGCGUUGGAGUAUCUACACAUGCUUGGGGUUGUUUACCGAGAUCUGAAACCAGAAAACAUUCUAGUUAGAGAAGAUGGUCACAUCAUGCUCUCAGAUUUUGACUUGUCAUUGAGAUGCGCCGUGAAUCCAACACUUCUUAGAUCCUCUUCAUCAAUCAUUGAGCCCACGAAAAGGUUUUCAGGUCCGUGUGCCGAAUCCCAUUGCAUCGAUCCUUUCUGCCUUCAGCCAUCUUGGGCCCAAGUCUCAUGCUUCUCACCUCGGCUUGUAUCUACCACGGCAAAGAACAGGAAACUAAAAUCUGAUUUGGCAGCCCAGGUCAGCCCACUGCCACAGCUUGUGGCAGAGCCAACUAGUGCACGCUCCAACUCCUUUGUUGGGACCCAUGAGUACUUGGCCCCUGAGAUAAUCAAAGGAGAGGGUCAUGGAAGUGCUGUUGAUUGGUGGACAUUUGGAAUAUUUCUCUAUGAACUUUUAUUUGGUAAGACGCCUUUCAAGGGUCCAGGAAACGAGGAGACGUUGGCCAAUGUAGUGACACAGAGCCUCAAGUUUCCCGAAGGCCCAAUUGUGAGCUCUCAGGCGAGGGACCUGAUAAGAGGGCUGUUAAUAAAGGAGCCAGAGAAUCGGUUGGGGUCGGUAAAAGGGGCAGCUGAGAUUAAGCAGCACCCAUUCUUCGAGGGUUUGAAUUGGGCAUUAAUACGGUGUACCACCCCACCGGAGCUGCCAAAGUCCAGUGAUCUCGGAGUUCCAGUUUUGGCCUCCCAUAAGGAGAGCAAGUGUUUGGAGUUCAAGGCUUCAGGUGAGCAUCUGGAGUUUGAACUGUUCUAGCAUGGUCCUCUGACCUCUCUACUUUGUGAGCUGUUUGAUUUGCUGGGUCUCCAUAAAAGCUGCUCCUGGUUGUAAUUGAUAACGGAGCUUAUAGUGUAAAUUUAGCAUAUAAAGUUCGCGGGAAGCUUUGCGUCAAUGCGUGUAUGAUAAUUUGGGCCUGAAAUGAAAAGGAAAAGAAAGAGCGAAGGUGAGGGAGUUCUUUUAAGCGUUCA